ACGCUGCAGCAGUAAUAACCUCUCGCGAGAUUCGUGAAGUUUUGGCCCAGUGCGGCCACUGUACUGCGCGCUGUAUUCGUCACUCACAGCUUUCAGAUAGUUUUCCCGGGAACUGAGGAGGUGGAUGACAGCGGGGCCGGUCACCAUGGCGGCGGAUCCCGGCCUGGAGAUGUCCUCUGUGAUCCCGGCCCUGAGGGAGCUGGCCAGUGCCAGCUCAGAGUCUUAUGAAAUGGUUGUCCAGAAACCAAGACAGAUUCUCUGCCAGUUCAUAGACCGGAUCCUGACAGAUGUAGAUGUUGUUGCUGUGGAGCUGUCAAAAAAUACUGAAUCUCAACCAAGUUCAGUAAUGUUGUUGGACUUCAUUCAGCAGAUCAUGAAGUCAUCACCACGUAUGUUUGUCAAUUCCAUUAAUAGAUGUCAAACCACUCAGGCGGAUCAGAGCUGUAUCGAGUUCAGCAAUUGGAUCAUCACCAGGCUUCUCCGGAUUGCUGCCGCACCAAGCUGCAAACCUUUACACAAGAAAAUUGCUGGCGUCAUACAUUCCUUGCUUUUCCUUUUUAAGAAUAAAAGUCCCUCACUUUUUGGCAAACUUACAAAUGAUUUUCUCCACCUCUUUGAAGAUCUUAUCUUUUUGCAUAAAGAAAACUUAAAUGGGUCUGCAGAAUGGCCUUCACCUGUAAGCCGUUUUUUGUGCAAUGGAAUGGAAUGCCAGGCAAAUCUGAGGCCCGCUCCGUUUCAGCUGAUGAAUGUGUCACAGGUGGAGUCACUAGAAACCACCAUGUUAAUGAUCUUGACUGACAAUGAUGCCGAUAUCGCUGCUUUUUAUUUCCAAAGACAGAACCUGGUCCUUUGGGGAAUUGGCUGUUCUUUGCUAGAUUUUGGGGACUCAAAGCUCAAAGUACUGGCUUUACAUUUCUUAAAGGAGCUGAUCACUUUGGGAGGACCACCAGAGCAGCCUGCACAUUUUUUUUUCACUCUAUUUUUUGGGAUGUUGGCUUAUAUUAAUGAUAUGGAUUUAGAACAACAAUUGCUCUUUGAAGUCCCACUAUUAGAUUUUGUGAAAAUUUUGUUUCCACUUGAGUUAGAGACUCACUUGAACAUAGAACCUAUCUACCUUAACAUUUUACUGAAGAAACUUGCACUUAUGUUUGAAGGAGGUGUAUUAAAGGUUGUCCAGUCUGGUACAUUGAGAGAAGCACUUUGUCAUAUAGUACAAUAUUUUCUCACUGUUGUACCUCCAGGAUAUGAAUCUGCUAAAGAAGUUCGCAAUGAUCAUGUCCGUUGUAUUUGUAAAGCCUUUGUCGAUGUCUUAGGAAAUCAGAGUCAGCAAAUGUACUUAGUGCCCUCAAUGUAUGCAGCACUUCAGAAGGAAAGCGAGGAGUUCAUCCAUCAGCAGGAGCAGAUCCCAACAGAGCCAUCCAGUACAGAGUCUGAAGGUGGGGGGAGCAGCAGCGAUGAGGUUCAGGAGAAGCGGCCACGCUUAAGUUUAACAGCAAGAACCCAGAAGAAACAAAGCCCGUCUGGAGUGGCUGCUCCAGUGGAUAUGAAGGCUAAGGUAACAAUCUGGAGAGAAAUAAACAAAAAAUUUUUGUGUCUCUUACACGCAUUGGAAGGAGAAGACCUAACUGAAGAUGGAGUCAUGUGCCCAUUAGAAGGAAUCACAGUCGCAAUGCACUUAUCUGCUGUUUGCACAGCUCACAUUUCUGUCAUUUUGUCUCCAAAGACAUCAGGACUUUCUGAUACAUCUUACACAAAAACCACUGAUGUAAAACAACAGCUUUCCUGGGUUGGCCUGGAGGAGAUUGUGAGAGUACUAAAGAUCUGCAAGAAGCUUCUUAAUUCAGGAUUCCACUGCAAAGAGCCCAUAAUGAAAAACAUAGUCAAAAUACUUGAUUCUGUGUUAUACAUACAUGUGAAAAACCCCUUACCUGAUCAAACACUGGUGGAUUUGUGUGGUCUGGUCUCUUUGCCAUGGAUUCACAGUCAUUCAAGUCAUUCUUCCUUUAAGGUGGCUGCUUUUGACCCUUCCCUUAUGACAUUGAGUCAUAGAAUUCACAAGGAAAUCUCACCAGUAAUUCAGUCCCAGUGUCUCUUUCUUCUGUCACUUUUCCCCAAACAUGUAUUGCCUGACUGGAGGUUGGCAGUCUACCAGUGGUCAUUAGGAAGCCAACAUGAAAUUGUUCGUGCCUUCUGUGUCAAAGGAUUUCCCAUACUGAAACAACAUGUCACCAAGGAGGCUUGUAGUCCAGUCCUUAAGGCUUUGCUAGAAUGCUUGAAUGACAGCUCGGAGCUUGUAAGAAAGGAGUUAACCCAAGUGAUGACCAAGUUAGCAUUUGAUAUAACUAUUGGGUUUGAGCUGCAGUAUUCAUGGAAAGGACUUGCUGUAGACUGUGAUUUGCUAUGUUGCAGUUUGAGACUGAACUUGAGGCAUGUCUCUGGCCAUUCUGACAUCAAUGCUUCUUUUUUUAAGCCUUUCCUUUCUCUGUUGGACAGAAGCCUGCCAAGUUGUGUCAAAAUGGCAUUCAUAGAAAAUAUUGCCGAUUUGUUCAAGCAUCUAAAUGUCCAGAGAGAUGAAAAGAAUUUGAGAGUUAUGGUUGAAGCCUUACUGAACCUCAUGGAAGAUCCAGAUAAGGAUGUCCGAAUAGCAUUUAGUGGGAACAUUAGAUAUAUAUUGGAGGCAAUAAACUGUGAAGAAGGAAGUUUAAAUGAGUUGUUAGUUGGAAGAAUAAAAGAGGCAUAUACCAAUGCUAAGUUGGCAAGAGAUAAUGAAAUGAAAGACAGUCUUAUACUCACAACUGGUGACAUUGGCCGGGCUGCUAAAGGAGAUCUAGUGCCAUUUGCACUUUUGCAUCUCUUACAUUGUCUUUUGUCCAAAUCUACAUCAGUAGCUGGAGCUUCCUACACAGAAAUCCGAUCACUAGCAGCAGCAAAAUCUAUGCGUUUGCAGGACUUUUUCAGCCAAUAUAAAAAACCCAUAUGCAAGUUUCUUGUAGAGUCGCUGCACACAAGCCAGCAAGCUUUACCUAGUAGCACACUUGGGCGCAGCAGUGACAUACAGAAGCAGGAGGCAGUACAUCACAGGGAAGCAGCCUUGGAAAUUUUGUCUGAAAUUGCCAAUGUAUUUGAUUUUCCAGAUCUCAACCGUUUUUUAACAAAAACAUUGCAGCUUUUGCUUCCAUAUCUUGCCGCUAAAGCCAGCCCUGUAGCCUCCACUUUGAUCAGAACAAUUGCCAAGCAGCUGAAUGUUAAUCGCAGGGAGAUUUUGAUCAAUAACUUCAAGUACAUCUUCUCUCACCUUGUCUGUUCCUGCACCAAGGAUGAACUUGAAAAGUCACUUCACUAUCUGAAGAAUGAGACAGAAAUUGAGCUUGGUAGUUUGCUUAGACAAGAUUACCAGGGACUCCACAAUGAGCUGCUGCUUCGGCUUGGGGAGCAUUACCAGCAGGUGUUCAAUGGACUGUCGAUUUUGGCUUCCUUUGCAUCAAGUGAUGAUCCUUACCAGGGACCUAGGAACAUUACUAAACCUGAGAUAAUGGCGGAUUAUCUACAACCCAAAUUACUGGGGAUUCUGGCUUUCUUUAAUAUGCAUUUACUAAGUUCCAGUAUUGGCAUUGAAGACAAAAAGAUGGCCUUAAACAGUUUGGUUUCUCUGAUGAAACUCAUGGGACCGAAACACAUUAGCCCAGUAAGAGUAAAGAUGAUGACAACACUAAGGACUGGGCUCAGAUAUAAGGAUGAUUUUCCAGAGCUGUGUUGCAGAUCAUGGGACUUGUUUGUGCGCUGCCUGGACCAGGCAUACCUGGGCUCUCUUCUUAGCCAUGUAAUAGUUGCAUUAUUGCCCCUGUUACAUACCCAACCUAAAGAAACUGUGGCUAUUUUCCAUUAUCUAAUUGUGGAGAACAGAGAUGCUGUUCAAGACUUUCUUCAUGAAAUAUAUUUUCUGCCAAAUCAUCCAGAACUGAAGCAAAUAUUGAAGGUUCUCCAGGAAUACAGAAAAGAAACAACAAAAAGCACAGACUUGCAGACAGCGAUGCAGCUGUCAAUUAAAGCUAUUCAGCAUGAAAAUGUCGACGUUCGUAUUCACGCGCUCACUAGUUUAAAGGAGACAUUAUAUAAGAAUCAGGCUAAAUUAUUACAGUAUUCAACUGACAGUGAAACUGUAGAGCCAGUCAUCUCACAGCUGGUAACAGUGCUGUUAAUAGGUUGCCAAGAUGCCAGCCCACAGGCUCGACUGCUGUGUGGUGAAUGCUUUGGACAGUUAGGUGCAAUUGAUCCUGGAAGACUGGACUUUUCUGUUAGUGACACCCAAGGAAAAGGUUCAACGUUUGUCACUGGAGUUGAAGACAUGAACUUUGCCUACGAGCUAUUGAUGGAGCUGACAAGGGCCUUUCUUGCAUAUGCUGAUAAUGUUCGGGCUCAGGAUUCUGCAGCUUAUGCUAUUCAGGAGCUGUUAUCCAUCUAUGAAUGCAAAGAGGGAAGAACUGAUUGCCCUGGGCGGAGGCUUUGGAGGCGAUUUCCAGAACAUGUUCAGGAAAUACUGGAACCACAUCUUAAUACGAGGUACAAAAGUUCAAAGAAAGCAGUGAACUGGACCAAUAUAAAGAAACCCAUUUAUCUCAGUAGGCUGGGAAAUAACUUUGCAGACUGGUCUGCCUGCUGGGCCGGCUAUUUGAUCACCAAGGUCAGGCAUGAGUUUGCCAGAAAAGUUUUUAAUUGCUGCAGUAUUAUGAUGAAACAUGACUACAAAGUCACCAUCUAUCUUCUACCCCACAUCCUUGUCUACGUUUUGCUAGGAUGUAGCAAAGAAGAUCAGAAAGAGGUUCAUGCAGAGAUAAUGGCAGUUCUUAAACAUGAUGAUCCAAUGGUGCGACGUCUACAAGACAAUGCCUCUGAUCUUAGCCAGCUCAGCACCCAAACCGUCUUUUCAAUGCUUGAUCAUCUUACUCACUGGGCAAGGGAGAAACUCCAAGUGCUUCAGGCUGAGAAAAGCAAUGUCAAGGGUGGAGGCCGUGGAGAAAUGAAGGCAAACUUUCGUGAAGAAUAUGGAGAGUAUCAAAAUGUGACUAAAUUUCUAGAGCUCAUACCUCAGGAUACUCUGGCUGUGGCUUCCUUUCGGUCUAAAGCUUAUACCAGAGCGGUUAUGCACUUUGAGUCUUUUAUCAUGGAAAAAAAACAAGAAAUUCAAGAGCACUUAGGUUUUUUGCAGAAACUCUAUGCUGCUAUGCAUGAACCUGAUGGUGUAGCUGGGGUGAGUGCUAUUCGUAAGAAGGAGGCCUCUCUGAAAGAACAGAUCUUGGAGCAUGAAAGUAUUGGUUUGCUCAGAGAUGCUACAGCCUGCUAUGACCGAGCCAUUCAACUCAAACCAGAAGAGAUUGUGCAUUAUCAUGGAGUAGUGAAAUCAAUGUUGGGUCUUGGCCAGUUGUCUACCGUGAUUACACAAGUUAAUGGAAUUCUAAAUAGUAGGACUGAAUGGACAGCAGAAUUGAAUGCCUAUAGGGUUGAGGCUGCUUGGAAACUCUCCAAAUGGGACUUAGUGGAUGAAUACCUCUCUACAGAUAGAAAGUCUACCAACUGGAGCAUCAGACUAGGGCAGCUGCUGCUGUUGUCUAAGAAGAAGGAAAAAGAGGCAUUUUACGACACUCUCAAAGUGGUGCGUGCCGAGCAGAUUGUGCCUUUGUCAGCUGCCAGCUUUGAGAGAGGGUCCUACCAGCGAGGUUAUGAGUAUAUAGUAAGGCUGCACAUGUUGUGUGAGCUUGAACACAGUAUAAAGAUAUUGCUCCAGGAUCCUGCUGGUGACUCAAACACAGAUUGUCUAAACUUGCCUGCAAGACUGGAAAUGACACAAAACUCCUACAGGGCAAGGGAACCUAUUCUGGCACUGCGCAGGGCUUUACUUACAAUUGUUAAGAGGCCUAACUACACAGACAUGCUUGGGGAAUGUUGGCUGCAAAGUGCUCGUGUUGCCCGAAAAGCAGGCCACCAUCAGACUGCAUAUAAUGCCCUCCUCAAUGCAGGAGACACCAGGCUCGCUGAGCUUAAUGUUGAACGCGCUAAGUGGCUGUGGUCUAAGGGUGAUGUGCACCAGGCUCUCAUAGUUCUUCAGAAGGGGUCAGAGCUGUUUCAGCCAGAUACUGCUGAAAACCCAGAUCAGAGGCUGAUCCAUGGCAGGGCCAUGCUGCUAUUGGGACGCUUUAUGGAUGAAACUGCCAACUUUGAAAGCAAUGCUGUAAUGAAAACAUAUAAAGAUGUAACCAGUCUGCUCCCAGAAUGGGAAGAUGGACACUUUUACCUUGCCAAGUAUUAUGACAAACUGAUGCCUAUGGUGACUGAAAACAAGAUUGAAAAGCAGGGUGGCCUGAUACGAUACAUAGUAUAUCACUUUGGGAGGUCCUUGCAGUAUGGAAACCAGUUCAUCUAUCAGUCAAUGCCUCGAAUGUUGUCUUUGUGGCUUGACUUUGGAGCUAAAGCCUAUGAAUGUGAAAAAGGUGGCCGGGCAGAUCGUCAGUCAGUGAAAAAUGAUUUGAUAAGAAUUAACCAGACCAUUACUGAGCACAAGAACCAUCUGGCUCCUUACCAGUUUCUUACAGCUUUCUCACAGCUGAUCUCCCGCAUCUGUCACUCUCAUGAUGAGGUGUUUGCGGUGCUGAUGGAAAUUGUGGCAAAAGUCUUUGUGGCUUAUCCUCAGCAGGCAAUGUGGAUGAUGACUGCUGUGUCUAAGUCUUCUUAUCCUAUGCGAGUAAACAGAUGCAAAGAAAUACUUAAUAAAGCCAUUCACAUGAAGCCUGCUCUUGGGAAAUUCAUAGGAGAUGCAACUAGACUCACAGACAAGCUUCUUGAGCUGUGCAACAAGCCUGUUGAUGGAAACACUGGCACUUUAAGCAUGAGUGUCCACUUCAGACUGCUGAAAAAACUGGUUGAAGAGCCAACAUUCAGUGAAAUACUUAUACCACUACAAUCAGUAUUGAUUCCCACACUGCCAUCUACAGCUGGAAAGCGCGACCUUGCCGAUCAUGACCCCUUUCCUGGACACUGGGCAUAUAUUGCUUGCUUUGAUGAUGUUAUAGAGAUUCUGCCAUCUCUCCAAAAACCUAAAAAGAUUUCCUUGAAGGGAACUGAUGGAAAAUCAUACAUUAUGAUGUGUAAACCUAAAGAUGAUCUCCGGAAAGACUGCAGACUGAUGGAGUUUAAUUCUCUUAUCAACAAGUGUUUGCGAAAGGACGCAGAGUCCCGAAGAAGAGAGCUCCACAUUCGGACCUAUGCUGUCAUCCCUCUGAAUGAUGAGUGUGGAAUAAUAGAAUGGGUAAAUAACACAGCGGGGCUUAGAAACAUUCUGAUAAAACUAUACAAAGAGAGAGAAAUAUACAUGGGAGGGAAGGAACUACGCCAAUGCAUGCUGCCCAAGUCUGCUCCAUUGGAGGAAAAGGUGAAGAUAUAUAAAGAGACUCUCUUGCCCCGUCACCCACCAGUUUUCCGUGAAUGGUUUUUACGAACAUUUCCAGAUCCUACAUCUUGGUAUAACAGCAGGUCAGCAUAUUGUCGUUCUACAGCUGUGAUGUCCAUGGUUGGCUACAUCUUGGGGCUUGGAGACCGUCACGGUGAGAAUAUUCUUUUCGAUUCCCUGACAGGGGAGUGCGUCCAUGUGGAUUUCAACUGUCUGUUUAACAAGGGUGAAACAUUUGACGUUCCAGAAAUUGUCCCUUUCCGCCUGACACACAACAUGGUUAAUGGAAUGGGACCUAUGGGCACAGAAGGCCUUUUCCGACGUGCAUGUGAGGUCACUAUGAGGUUGAUGAGAGACCAGAGAGAACCACUGAUGAGUGUACUGAAGCCAUUUCUGCAUGAUCCUUUGGUAGAAUGGAGUAAACCGGUUCGUGGUGGUAGCAAAGAUCAAGCCAAUGAAACUGGAGAGAUUGUCAAUGAAAAGGCUAAAACUCAUGUGCUUGAUAUAGAGCAGCGUCUUCAGGGUGUGAUUAAAACAAGGAAUCGUGUGAAAGGCCUCCCUCUGUCCAUAGAAGGACACGUCCACUACCUGAUUCAGGAAGCCACCGAUGAAAACCUUCUCAGCCAGAUGUAUCUUGGAUGGGCACCUUACAUGUAAAAGUUCACUGUUAGCAGUCCAUAUUUCUCGGUCACUUAAUUGGAGGACACAGGAUACUGAUGGGUAUAUGCUCUUGCCACUAGGAGGCGCUGACACUUGGAAAGAAAGAAGUCUCCUCCCUGGCAGGAUAUGCCCACCCACCUGCCAUGAGGAACUCCGUUUUAGCUAGUCUUAGUUGGAGGAAGACACAGGUCUGGAGUUUUCCAGACCUGGUUUUUCUUGUUUAAUAAUCUAGGGAUGUUUAGUUAGUUUUUUUUUUCAUUCCUUUUAUUUUCCAUUUUAAGGUGGGGGUUCAGGAGCAUGGCGCUACCUGUUCCCCCUUCUGCCAUGAAGGGGCACGAGACAUAGAGUAUGGACCGUUAACCCCUUCUCACCAACAACCUGCGCUAGGGUAGUACCUCGGGUCCCCUGCUCGCCCACUAUGACAGCCUGGCAUGAUGCAGCAUGGCGUUAACCUGGCCGUAGACUCCAUCAGGUGAGUAUGAGCGGACAUCUUUCCAGUAGGUGAGUAUUCCUUCCCUCAUCUGUCUCUCAGCCGGGGUAGUUGGGGCUUAGCUCCGUCCUCCUCCCCCGCUUUGGCAGGACAUUAAUGUUCUCUUUCCCCUCUGCUUGCUCUGCAAGCCGUCGGCCUCUAUCUUGCUCCGGGGAGUCGGGGCUUAGCUCCGCUCUCCUCACCCGCCUCAGCAGCCGGGACAUUCCUUCCCUUUCCCCUCCCAGCCGGUGGGCAUUUUGGCUGAGCGGGAUUAGCACAUAGCUCCGCCCCCUCACCUCUAACGCAGAGCAGGUCCGGGGUCUCUUCUCUGUUCCCAGGUACAGGUACCCAGUGGUCUGCAUGGGCUCCGACACUGCCAAGUCACCUGCUUAAUUUCUGCUAUACCGCAGCUGCGGUUCAUGUUGCUGUGAGGUGUUUGGGUGAGUGUCCUUAUGUGGUUCAGGACUUCCUAUUCCAGUACACCAGGCCGUCAUCAGCACGGCUUCCUAAUUUCCAGGUUCCCAUAACCCAUACUUGCUGCUCCUGCGGCUGAAGUCCGAUAGCCGACUUUCGGUGUGCUGUCCUUGAUCAGGAACUCUGUAUGUUCAUUGUCCCUUAUUCCAGUAAGCCAUACUGUGUCUGCAUGGUUUCCUGCACCACGUGCAUACUACAUCAGUUACCUGUGCCUGCAGUUCUGGUGAUUUCUACAGCAUACUGUCUGUAGCACUGUUGUCUGUAGCACUGUUGUGGGAGCGUUUUUUGCAAGUUUGUCACACCUUCGCAGAAACAGCUGCAGUCAUUGUUCUUCUUUAAUAGGUGGCGUAAUGUUGGUCUGCUCCCAGCAUCAUUCUGGCUCACCAGUAGGUACUCCGUCUGCUUUCACUACUGCCGGCCACCUGCUCUAUGCCUGCUGCUUGUGUGGCGGUAGUCCUGGUUCCCCACUACCAUCGUGCGGUAUCUGUCUCUCUGUCCCCACAUAUGCUGUGGACAUUCUGAAUGUAUGGCGCCCACCUUCCCUCUUUUCAGGGGGCGUACUUGGGCUUUCAUGUGGUCUCAUUUCCACACUUCUGCUGCAGCUGAGCACCUCUGUUCUGGGAUUCCUUCUAGGGUCCUUCGGACAUCUCUCCUUGUUUGCUUCUCCUACUGCUUUGUGACACAACUGAGUUUCUCAAUGUAGGUGGGCGGGUAUAUCCUGCAAGGGAGGAGCUGACUUUUUUUUCCCUAGUGUCAGCGCCUCCUAUUGGCAAGAGCGUAUA